AUGGCCCCAGCCAUACGUCCUCUCCUGAGUGCAGUGCUGCUGUUGCUGCUGCUGUUGGCCACCAGCCACCAGGCUACAGGAACAAUUGUGGCCAGUGAACUGCGCUGUAAGUGCCCUAACACCAUACCAAGGAUUGCUUUGGAGGAAAUCCAGAGCUUGAAGGUGACGCCCUCAGGACCCCACUGCACCCAGACAGAAGUCAUAGCCACUCUCAAGAAUGGUAAAGAAUUUUGUCUGGAUCCCGAAGGCCCUAGGCUUCAGAAGAUCAUCCAAAAGAUCCUGAAGACGAAGACCGCCAGCUCCAGCUGAGCCAGGAAAGGAUGGAGGACCUGCCUGCAGAGCAAAGAGUAAAGGAACGACUCUGCCAGUGGCCAUCGAGAUGAGGCUUCUCCUGCUGGCUUUGAACAACUCCUGAAAGUCC